AAGGAUUCUGUUCAUGAGAACAAGUCGUUCAUGAAUCGGGCAUCGCAAUCAGCGUCGUAUAACGGGAUCCGUGAUUCGGCAGGGCGAUGGCUCGGACCCUACACCGAAACCAAAUAAAUCUGGACUCGGAGCCCCCCUGCACCGCACUGCAGCGUGUUUAAGAGCGUGACCGACGGCGAGCGCGGGUGACGUCAGAGCAGCGGCUCUCCUCUCAUUGUCUGUAAAGCAGCUCGUUUUCUUCACAUAUACAGGCGUUUAAACGCGUCCACGUGACUUGUGUGUUCUGUGUGGUGGUGUGUUACAUUUAAAUCUGUAAUCUGUGAUCAAAUGCUGUUGGUUUGUGAUCUAACACGCUGGUUUGUGUGUGAAUCAGAAGGGAGUCAGUCUGGAGCUGCUGUGAUCUUCAUAACUGGACUCCCGCGCUCAUAAACAGCUCCAGGGUUCCUUGCAUACUGUCAGAACUAGUAUGCUGGUUGAUAUAUGUUGACAGAGUUGUGGCUGGGGGUCAGAUCGUGUCCGGACACCCCAGCCGUCCCGCCGGGGGCCGUAGCUCUGCCGGACCCAGAGGUCAGAAGGGGCCCAGGGGUGUCUAGGGGCCCACGGCUAUCUCCUGAUCGUGCUUUUAAGAAGGUCCCAGAAUCCCUAGCUCCGGCCGGGCUGUGGGCCGUCCAUGCCGGUGUCCUGCUGCGGGACCGUCCACCACGGCUCCUCUCCGAGGAGAAUCGUCCACAAGAAGCCGGGAAUCAGGACUUGUCUGAGUCAGCCGUGCUCCUCUGUGGGGCUGAGCAUGCUGCGCACCGAGGGAGCGGAGGAGCGGGACGAGGAGCAGGAGGACGAGGGAGAAGAUCUGAGGGAUGGCGGCAUCCCCUUCAUUAUCAAUAGGGGGGGUCUGCCCGUAAACGAGGAGACCUGGGAGCAGAUGUGGCGGCACGUCGCCCGCAUCCACCCGGAUGGAGAAGCGGUGGCCAGGAGGAUACGGGGGACCGGAGACCUCCCCAAGAUUCCAGUACCAAGUGUGCCUACAUUCCAGCCCAACAGCAGUAUUCCGCAGCGCCUGGAAGCCAUACAGAGAUACAUCAGGGACUUGCAAUACAAUCACACUGGAACACAGUUUUUUGAGAUCAAGAAGAGCAGGCCGCUCACAGCAUUGAUGGACAUUGCCAAGGAAAUGACAAGAGAAUCUCUACCAAUUAAAUGUUUGGAAGCCGUUAUCCUCGGAAUUUACCUCACCAACAGCAUGCCGACCGUCGAGCGGUUUCCUCUCAGCUUUAAAACCCAGUUCUCAGGGAGUCAUUUUCGUCAUAUUGUGCUGGGUGUCCACAGCGGCGGCCGCUUUGGUGCUCUGGGCAUCAGUCGCCGCGAGGACUUGAUGUACAAACCGCUGGAGUACAAAACACUCACGGACCUCCUUCAAGAGUUCCAGGUGGCCUAUCGGAGAUACUGGCACACACUGUGCAAGGUCAAGAUCGGUCAUUAUGUGUCACAUGACCCACACAGUGUGGAGCAGAUCGAGUGGAAGCAUUCGGUGCUGGAUGUGGACAAGCUGUCCAAAGAAGAGCUGAGGAAAGAGUUGGAGAGACACACUCGGGAUAUGAGGUUGAAGAUUGGUAAAGCUGCUCCACCAUCACCAUCUAAAGACAGGAAGAAGGAUAUGGGAUCUCCCCUGAGGAACCCAGGCAGCCCGAUGCGCAAGAACAGCCAAAGCGACAGACGGUCGUCAGUGGAGAAGCGGUCCGGGCCGGCGGGGCCCGCGGCUGAUGUGAACGGGUACCAGAUCAGGGUCUGAGAGACUGACGAGACAAAGACUGAAACGCUGCCGUGAGAGGAUGAAGAUGUGUGUUCACUUGACGAAGUAUCGUGAAUGUGUUCACUUAUAAGGGUAGACAUGAACACCUCUAAUCAAUCAUUUAGUAGAAUAGCCACAUUAUGAACAAUGCAUCAUAUUUAUAUUCAUUUCCAUACUAUGCCUCAGCUGUGAGCAACUUUUCAUAUUUAAUCUGUAAAUACAGUGCAAGUUAACCUUUAACUCUACUAGAGGAUAGCAUGUAGUCCAUUUAUUGGUGCCUUUGAUCAGUUUUUGGACUGCAAUGAUUUUCUGGCUCAGUAUUUUUGCCUUGUUUUCCAGUUUAGUCUUAACAUUUCUAAAUCAUUCAAGAUACUUUUUCUUUAGAAGCAAAAUUACUUGAUUUUGAGUCUUGUUUUCUUU